AUGGCUGCCACCGUUGCUUCCGCAUACAAUGCUGCCGCUCACGGCUACCAGUCCAAGAUGACCACCGAGUCGAAGCACUCUGCCUCAUCGAGCAAGUCCUCUUCACGAUCCGCAUCACGAUCGGAGCAGCAGGAUCGAUUCUACGGCUACCGAGAACCCUCUGAGCUCUGCGAAAGGUUCAUCCUGUACCUCUUUGCUUGUCCUCUCGACUCCACCUCGGCAUCAGCAUCGCUCCCCGCCACUUCCAAUGGCAACCCUGCUCCUCGUCUCUCAGAGUUCAUCGCUUACGCCUUGUACAGGACUCGACUCCCCGAGGCCGUCACCUUCCAGGCGCUGUACUUGCUCUUGCGUCUCAAGAUUCGCUUCCCCGCAGCACGCGGCUCGUCCGGUCACCGCCUCUUUAUCUCUGCCCUCAUGAUUGCCAGCAAGAGCAGUUGCGACGACACCUACUCCAACAAGAGCUGGGCCAUCGUCGGUCAAGGCCUCUUCAGCCUCCGCGAGAUCAACCAGAUGGAGCGCGAGCUGUUUGGCUACCUCGGCUACAAGGUCAAUGUCUCACCCGAUGACCUUGAGAUGUUCACAUAUGAGCUCGAGCAGGACGUCGAUGGAGGUCGCAUCGACCUCGUCGUUCGCAAGAUUCUCGAGCUCAUGUCUCGUCGCACCAGCGUCGACGUGGAUUCGCACGACGCGCCUCGCGAACGAUGCGAGAGCGUCUCGAGCAUCAAGUCGUCGGCACCUCCUACACCUGCGCUCGAGUCGUCCGGCUUCUCGUCGCCAUCGAUCGACUCGCACGCCGGCCCUCACCGCGUCCCGUCGGGCCGACACUCGAGGCAGUCGAGCGUCUCGCACUCGUUCAGCACCCGCGCCAGCAUCUCAUCUGCCUCGACCGGUCACAUCCCUGCCAGCACUUCGAUGCCAUCCUCUGCUCCCAUGGUCAAGAGCACCAGCCACCGUCAGGAGAGGAGCGCCACCGCACCGAGCUUCAUCCACCCUUUCAUCAACUCUGCGCGCGAGAGGUGUCGCCCCUACUCGACGCCUGCUCACAGUCUGCCGCUCUCGUCGUCGUCGUCGUCUUCGGCAGCGGCAGCAUACUACUCGAACUCUCCUGCCGCAUCCAUCUCUUCGUCGUCGGUGUGCUCGUCGUACGCUCAUUCGAGCGCCAUGUCUGCGACACCUUCGCCGUACGCUUCUCGCUCCAUCAUGAGCGGUCGAACGACUCCGGAUACUCCGCCCUCGGACCUCGACAUGACGCAUUUCGAGGAGUCUCGCUACUAUGCUGUUGAUCCCAAGAUCGAUCUCAGCCCCACUUCCACGGUUGCGUACAAGCUUCCUCAACAUCAGCAGCAGGCUAGCUUCAACGGCGCCGCUGCCGAUCCCUAUCUUCACCCUUACAGCUGGAGAUCGUAA